CGAGAUUUGCUCAGCUUGACUAGUCAUGAAUGAAUUUUUAUGCAUAUCCAGAAAGAGAUGCGCGCGCAAUUAUUAUUCCAUGUUUCUAAACAUGGCAGGACGUAGUGGAUUUGACGAUGGUAAUCCCAGGGACUUUGGAGGCGGUAGAAGGACUCUUGGCGGGCGUCCGCUACCUACCGAGCCUCCCUACAAGGCGUACGUUGGAAAUCUACCUUCUGGCCUCAUCCAGGGUGAUAUUAACAGAAUUUUUCCUGAUCUGGCCAUCAAAAAUGUUAGGCUUGUUAUGGACAAAGAGACAGACAAAUUCAAAGGAUUUUGCUAUGUUGAAUUUGAAGACUUGGAUGAUUUGGUCAAAGCAAUUGAAAUGAAUGGUGUACUAAUUGUAGAUGGGAAUGUUGUAAAAAUUGAUGUAGCUGAAGAGAAACGAAGCGACAGAGGAGGGGGUUUCGAUCGCGGUCGGCGCGAUGGUCGUGACGGUCGUGACGGGGGGCGCGACGGGCGCGGCGGGUUCCGGCGGGAUGGCGCGGGUGGUGCAGGGGGCGGCGGCGGGGGGCGCGGUACGUACGACCACUUCGACGGGCCUGACCGCAGAGGACCGCGCCAGGGUGGAGGGUUCACACAUGAGCGGGAACGAGGCGGGUCGUCUGGCAGUGGUGGUGAGCGAUGGGGCGGCGGCGGGGGCGGGGGUGGGGGUGAGCGCGGUCGCGGCGGGGAGGAGCCGCGCGGAGGAGACUGGGGCCGCAUGGGGGCCCGCGGGCCAGUAGCGCCCGCGCCAGCUAAGCCGCGACGACAGUUUGAUGAUAUGCCGCCUGCGAGACCAGACACGACGGGCAGACCGAAGCUGCAGCUGCAGCCGCGCACGGUGAAGGAGCCGGUGAACUCGCUGGCCUCCACCAGCCAGGCUUCCUCGAUAUUCGGCGGCGCGCGGCCGCGGGAGGAGCGGCUCAAGGAGCUGGCCGGGGAGUAACCGCCCUCAGGCCCCGCCCCCGCCCUCCGCCCCGCCCUCGCGCCACGCCCUCUCGUGUAUAUGAUUCGUUCCGACGCCCGCUGAUCAUCGUGUACGUACGCAGCGCACGCGGCGGUACUGAAGGCUCUUUGUUAGGUUGUAAAUGAUUAUCAUAUUUGUAUUUUGUUAGCUUUAUUGUGUCUUUGAUUCUCCUUGAGUGCUUUUCAAGUGAUCGUCGAAAUUUUCGAUGUCAAAUGCUAGUGUUCUUUUAUCAGUUCGGCUUUGAGCGGAUUCGGUUUUAUUGCGUUCCAAAAUAUAAUAUACAUAUUUACAUUUCGUUUAUGCUAUGUGUUGAAUACAUAAUUAUUUUUUUAUCUACACCUUCGUGGCUAUCGAAGAGUUCUCUGAUAGAUUCUCUGUUGUAAUGGAAUGUUUUUUUUUAUUUUGUUCCUUAGGUCGUGAAAAAUUAAACAUUGAUUAAGUGAUUUAUAAAUACUUUUUAAGAGUUGAGAAUAUGAUGAUGUAAUUAUUGUGUCAUUAAUAAAUUUAACUUCCACGUACUUGUAUUUCUACUUUAUUAAUAAUGAAAUAUUGUUUAAUUGUAAUAAAAUGUAUAAGUAACGUGGCGGUGGAAAAAAAAUCGCAAAAUUGUAAUGGAUAAUAGAAAAAUUAAUAAAAAGUGAACUCUUUGUAA